AUGAAGGAUGAAAUAAAUACGCAUAAGCAGCUACCAGGAGAAGCAAUGCAUGACACCUGGUGGAGAUUCAACCAAAAGCUGAAGAAAUGCCCUAACCAUGAUCUCACUCAGAGGCAUCUGAAACAAGAUUUUUAUAGAUCUUUAAACUAUGUCACUAAACCUAUUGUUGAUGUAGUGUGUGGAGGAUCAUUCAUGAGGAAGACAUUCUCGGAGAGCAUGCAACUGUUAGAUGAGGUGUCAAAGAACAACAGGGCAUGGUACACUAGAGUUGCAGAGGAAGAGAGAAGAAGAAAGGGAUCAGUACAUGGCACACAUGAGGACCCAAUAGAUCUACUCACAAAGCAUAUUGUCGCCAAGUCUAUAAAGGUAAAUGCCGUGGGACAGCAAAACAUGUAUGAAGAUCAGGACAUCGAUCUAGAUGAGGAAGCUAACUACCUGGGUAACCAAGGAGGUUUUCGAAAUUAUAACUUUAGAAAUCAGGUUUACAAUUUUGGAAAUGCAGGUCGAAACUAUGCAAGGGAAGGACAAUAUGAUAGGCCAGCAAAUAUAGAGCAGGGAAAUUGGCAGAACAGAGAUGGAAAGCAACUCUUGUUGUGGCUGAUUCUUGGACUCUUCUUGACCUUAUUUGCACGAAAUUGGACCUUAAAAAUCCUCAUCUUGGGCUUGAAUUUGGGCCACCAAAUAAUUGUAGCAUUUGGACAAUUCCUCUCCCUUGGGCUUGAGCUCUUCUUCCCCAAUAAGACACCUUUGGAUAAGCGAUUGAAGCCCAUUGAGCUUAUCAUUGAACUCCUUGGUAAUAGAGAUCGGGCAAGUGGUAGUUUCAGUGUGUCUAAGCUGGAAGACAUGAUGGCCAAGGUACAUGUAUUGGAGCAAGCUGGCAGAAAGGAGGAUGAAGUUGUACAGGUAGAGGACUUGGAGGAUACGCAGCCAAUAGCACAACCUGCGAGAGGAAAAAAGAAUGAGGUCGAGGGAAACAUCCCUUUACAGCAGAUUCCCAGACCACCUCCUAUUUUCCCUCAAAGGCUCAAACAGAAAGUUGAAUAUGGGAAGUUUGCAAAGUUCAUCACCAUGUUGAGGCAGCUUUCAGUUAACAUACCACUAGUGGAAGCUCUUGAGAAGAUGCCAGGAUAUGCCAAGUUCAUGAAAGACUUGGUUACAAAGAAGAGAGUUGUAAGUAUUGAUUUAACUAACGAUGGUUAUCAUUACAGUGCCAUUGCUACCAGAUCUCUGGUUCAGAAAAAGGAAGAUCCAGGUGCAUUCACUAUACCAUGCACCAUUGGAUCAAUCAAAUUUGCAAACUUUUUGUGUGAUCUAGGAGCCAGUAUUAACUUGAUGCCGUUAGCCAUCUAUAAGAAAUUGGGGUAG